GUUCGAAAUAUAUCACCGUAUACGUACCAUGCUUGUAUAACACUUGUCAUGCGAAAAGAAAUGCUCUAAAGCGGACGUGGCGGGUCGCCUAGCGAUGUUGCGUCCAGUUAGCAUCCAUGUUGUCCCGUAAAGCUCAGGAAAAAGCUGGCACAGACUUAGAGUGGGCGCAGGACGAGGAAAGGGAUACGUUUCUUGAUAGCGGCAGCGGCUUUUCCAGAAUCGCGGCUGGCCGUCCUGACCCUACAUCGACAUGGGCGCCAAGCCCUCUAUGGCCAGGCUCGGCUCCCGGUACGCCCCUGUCUUUCAGCUUCGCAGCAUCAACUAUCCAGCCUACUUGGGGCACUCACAACUCCAGAGGGCACGGACUGGAGGGUGUUGCCGCUUCGGGCCAUGGCAGCAGCAACCCCAAUCGUUCCAAUGUCGGCAGCGUUUCCGCGGCGAACCCCACAGCAGCAGGAGGCCCAGGGAAAGCAGGAGCAGCGAUAGAUGACGAUGAUGAGGAGACCUUUUUCGAGCGGCUGUCCAACAGCGCGCCGCUGCUGCGGCUGAACGCGGUGGUGGACCGCAUCUUCCAAAACUACUUUGUUGCCAUCCUGUGUGACGUGGUGGGGGUGCUGCUGUUCAUGUUCGACAUCUACACGGACGCGCUGGUGGUCAAGGCUCUCUCCCAGACCGAGCACCGCGACUGGAUGAUCGCCACGCUGGUGUUCAUCCUGUGGCACUACGGCCUCAUGGCGGGACUGGUGGCGGCCUACCUGCAGCGCACCUCCACCAAGCUGAAUGUGCUGGGCCUGGAGGAGGGCGACUGGGCGGCGGGCGGUGCCGCUGCGGCGCUGCUGGGCUGCGGGCGGCGCACCCGCUGGCUGCUGUUCCUGCCCGCCGCGCUGCCCGGGGUGGCGGUGCUGGACGUCGCCAUGCUGUUCACCUCGCUGCUGCCCUGCAUGUUCCCGCGCGCCUUUGCCAACUUCUCGUCCUUCCUGUCCAACUAUAACUUCUCCAGGCUCUUUAUCGAGUUUGUGUUCGAGAGCAUCCCGCAGACCGUCCUGCAGACCUACAUCUACCACCGACUGGCGCAGGGCAGGCAUGCGGGCAGCGACCAGCAGCGCACCGUGGCCCUCUCCCUCACCGUCUCCGCGCUCAACAGCCUGCGCUACGGCUGGAAGCUGUACAAGGCGGCGGACGAUGCGGGGCUGGCGCUGCCCGAGUACUUCAAGUACCUGCUGCUGCUCAAGGGUAACUACGAGUGCUCCCCCAGUGCCAUGAUAGCGGUCAUCAACGAGUGCUGCUCCGUGCGCAACGGGGCACCCGCAGCGGGGGCAGCAGCACUGAGAUCCGGGCAGGGCGGCGGCAGCACUGCCAUAAACGCGGGCAGCAGCGGCAGCCGGAGCGGUAGCAUAGGUGGUGGAGGCAGCAGCAGCAGCCCCGGCAGCAGUGGUGAGCGGGCGGGUGAGAUGGCCUUCCUCAUGAAUGGCUUCCACCUGCAUCGUAACAAGAGCCAGUACGGUCCCGCGCAGCAGGCGUACAUUCUGCUGAAUGCAUUUGAUCGGAUAGAGGGCUGCUCCAGCGUGCAACGGUGGGUGGUGAGCGGCUGCCCGCUGGCCUCCAUGAACCGCAUCCUGGAGAAGGGCGUCCGCGCGUUCAAGAACCUCACGACGCUGGAGGUGAAUGAGUGCGCGCUGCGAGGGGACACCUGGAAGCUGGUGACGCGCGCCAUCAAGCGGCAUAAGCACCUGGAGAAGGUGAAGCUCAUCCAGACCGGCAUCCUGCCCAAGUACCGAAACGCCAAGCGGCAAAAGGUGGUGGCGGGCAUAUUCAAACACAGCUUGCGGCUGCGGACCGUGGCGCUGUGCCUGCACUGGUGGGGCGAGCAAUACCUGCAGACUGCCGUGGAGCUGUACCUCCUGGAUCACCCCACCCUGGAGUCACUGGCCAUCGAGCUGCCCCCAGGUGCCCCACUCGCCGCCCGCGACAUCACCGCCGUCCCACGGGUCGCUGCCGCAGAGCAAGGCCAGCAGGGGAGCAGUCGACAUGCCGCGGGGGCGGGCCGCAAGCUCCUCAACAGCAACAACCCAGCCAGCGGCUAUGGAGGCAACGGCGUUACGGCAGGCGGCGGCAAUGGUGGUGGAGUGAAGGGGUUAGGUGGUUCGUUCGUUGGGUCGUACGGCAUGUCGCCUAUGCCACUGCCGCUGCCCAUAGGGCUCAGUCCCCGCGGUCGCAUGUCAGAUGCCACGGGUGGCGGCGGCGGAGGCAGCACCGCCAGCGCCAGCGCCGCCGCGGCCUACCGUACUCGCGCCGGCAGCGCUGGCGGCGCCGCCGCCGGCUUCCUGAGCCCCUUCGCUGCCGACGCUUCUACCGCCGACGCCGCGUCCGGCGGCAGCCGUCGCUUUUCAUGGGACGGCGCCAGCGGCGUCGGCGCCGGCGCCGGCGGCCACGGCAUCCCCGGCGUGCUGCUAGGUUGGAUGCAGCAGGGCAGCGGCGCACUGUCCGACGCGCUGUCGUACAUCUCUGGCGGCACCGUCAACACGUUGCAAGGCCUGGCGGCGGUGGCCACAGGCCAACCCUGGAGCUCCGGAGCCGCCGCCGCCAGCGGCAGCACGGAUACCGUCUCCCCGCGUUACUGCUGGCUGCUGGCAUCCGUGGUGGCUUCGGCGCCGGCAUUACGGUCGCUGUACGUCCACAACCAUGCGCUUCCGGAGGCGGCGGCGGAGGGGGUGGGGCAGCUGGCGGCGGCGCUAGCGGGCAACACGCGGCUCACGGCGCUGAGCCUGCGCGGCAGUGCGGUGGGGGACGCUGGCGCGGCGGCGCUGGCUAGGGUGUUGGGCAGCGGUCAUAACUCCUGUCUGCAGUCGCUCAACCUGCGGAAGUGCCAGUUGCAUGAUGAGGGCGUCUCCGCCAUCUGCGCUUGCCUAGUGGACAACCGGGGGUUGCGCUGCUUGGACCUGUCGUACAACCGGGUGCAGGGACAGCAUGCGGGGGGAGGAGGAGGCGGCGCAGGCGGCGGCCCACAUCAUCAAGGUGGAGGUGGCGGGGUUGGAGGUGGAGGUGGGGGGCGACUGGCGGGUUUGGAGCGAGCGCUGCGGUUGAACAGCGGGCUCACGGAGCUGCGGCUGGAGGGCUGGCGGGACACGUUCGAGGACGCGCAGGCGGUGUCGGCCCUAGCCGCCGCACUCGCCGCCAACCGCGGCCUGCGCUCCCUCAGCCUGGCCGACUGCUGCAUCUCCACACAGGGCGCUGCAGCCCUGGCAGCAGCCCUCACCGCGAACGCCACACUCACCGCCCUCAACCUGUCCAC